CUCCGUGCUCUGACCGCUGGUUUAUGAGCGGUGGCGAGGAGAAAACAGCUCGCGCACACGGGGGCAGCCAAUCAGAGCGCUGGUUUCUCUUCAGCAUCUCGGAGAGACUCAACCGUCGAGCAGACUUGAGUUCAGGCAGCGGGGAGGAAAGAGACUUCAGGACUCCGCGACGCGCAAUUAUGAUUUUAUGAAUUUUGACAAAGAGUUGGAGGAUUACCUCACCAGCACAAAGAGAAAACUAAAGUCAGCUUAUCCAAACACUGCACUGAAGAAACCUAAUUCCCACACAAGCAUGGCAGACCAGAAAAACAACAUAGACGACUUUAAAGUCCAGACAGCCAAGCAUCCCAACAUGAGCUCGGUCCCUUUACGGCCGCACAGUGAACAGUCUAAAGACCGGUUGACCAAAAGGCUUUCAACUGAUUCUAAUGGGACCAGUGAUGGAGGCGCGGGCUCGUCCACACCAGUGGAGGUGACCGCUUUGGAAGAGUCGUUUCGCCGCUUCGCCAUCCACGGUGACACUCGCGCUACCGGCAAGGACAUGCACGGCAAAAACUGGUCCAAGGUCUGCAAGGACUGCGGAGUGAUUGACGGCAAGAACAUCACCCUCACUGACGUUGACAUCGUCUUCAGCAAAGUCAAGAAGAAAUCCUGUCGCACCAUCACAUACGACGAGUUCAAGGUUGCACUCGGAGAGCUGGCCAGGAAGAAAUAUAAAGAAAAGACGGGAGAGGAGGCCGAGGCCGAGGUCUUCCAGCUGAUUGAGGGGAAAACACCCGUCAUCGCGGGAGUCACGAGAGCCGUGGCUUCCCCGACAGUGAGCCGUCUUACAGACACCACCAAGUUCACAGGCUCGCACAAGGCGCGCUUUGACGACACCGGUCGCGGAAAGGGGAAGGCGGGACGCGUGGACAUGGUCGACACGUCGGGAUACGUCUCGGGGUACAAACAUCGAGGGUCAUACGAAAAGAAAGUGAAUAAACCUACCGUGGGCAAACCCAUGUGAGGCGAGCGUAAGGAAAUAAACAUUCGAUCAACUACUAGGAUCAUUUUCUAUUAAAUGAAUACUCAAAGAAAGCACAAAAGAAUAGGAUUUCAUAUAUUUUCCCACCCAUCUAUGUUGUCUGUGUGUGUGUGAGAGAGAUGUUUUUGAGUUCCUCUCCUUUGAGAAGUGUGAGAACUGGAAAACUGUUUACAUCUAUUUUUACCAAGUCAUCACCAGCUGGUACAUUCCUGUCUGAUUGCAAGUUACUGCCAAACACUGAAGAAAACGAGAGAGAAAACUGAUAUGCUAUGAAUAUUGAAGCUUUGUUGUUACGAUCGAGCCGUAUAUUUAUUGAGCACAAUGAACAACAUGCCAAAAAAAAACAAUGUGCGACAACAGUUUGAUUAAUUAACAACAUUGCACUUUCUAGUGGAAUUUUUGUUCUAAUCCCAUACUAACCUAAAGAAAUGCAUUUUAAUUUGUUGAGUUUCAGUAAGAAUUGCCACAUUUGACAGAGAUACUGUAUUAUCAAUGUUUAAUUCUUUUGAAAACUUAAAUAGUUCCAUCCUCCUGGUCUUCCUGUCUGCCAUCCCUACUAGUGAAAUUCAGUCUUCAUGAAAUCUGCUGUUCUUUUUAUUGUAUAACCUCACACUGUCUUUUGAAUAAUUUGCCUUGAGCUCAAAUCAAGAAAAUAUAUUAAGGGUUUUGUCAACUUGUUUUAAAAUGUUUGCAAAGACACAAUGUAGUUAUGUUGACUUUUGCCAUAUCAUUUUACUUUUCUGAAUAUUUAAACACAUAAAAGCCCCUACCAUGCAAACCUUUUAAAUAUGGCUGCUUACAACACUUCAACAAAAAAAUACAAUAGAAGAAUCCAUUUUCUCUUUCGCCAUCUUUAUUCAGACUACAAACCAUUUUGCCAACAUGCAUUUAGAUUUUUUAAAUUGGUGUAUUUAGCUAAAGAAGGAAGCUCUAACCACAAUAUACGAGCUCAGUUGUACAAGAUUGUAUUUUUAACAUUUUACUAUUUUUUCCAUACAGUAGUUCUAAUAUAUUUGUGGUAAGAUUGUGUAUAUUCGAAAGUUAUAGCCACAUGGCUCAAUUUAAAACACUGGCUUCAUAUGUUGUUUUUUCUGUAUUGCUGUACUUUGUGCAUGUUUAUGUAUAUUGCAUUUGAUUCAGAAGCAUAUAGAUGACAGUACGAGUGUGUCAUAUCUUACUGAACUGCUGUGAGGACAGACUUAAAUAAUUUAGUGAUAAAAAACAAGUGUUGAAAUUGUGCGAUCGUGAUCAAAUCUUGUAUUGCUUGAAAUCAAUAUGUAUUAACCUGUACAUACAAAGUUAGCUACACUCCAAUGUUAUUAUAUUUGUCUGUUGGUAAAGAUUUAAAGUACCUUUUAUGUGUGGUACGGUCAUCCAAGGCAUAAAUUUAACUAAAUCAGGUCUCUAACUGUUGCAUACUCACAUUCUGUAUGAGAUAAAAGGGAAAAUUGCAAACUUUUGUACAAUAUUUUUCCAACAUGGUCACAGUGUUUGUGUCACACACUACCGGUAGCCUCAGCUGAUGAAGAAUCAUGCAUUAAUGCAACUCUAGCAGCUAUUGUUUAUUUGUCUUCUGCAGUAGAUUAUUCCGUUUUCUGUGCUUAAUGCCAAAUACCGUGCACCUUUAAUGUGGAGGAACAACAUUGUCUUAUUUUUAAUAACUUAUAGUAUUAUUGUGCCCUGGUGCAUGCAGUGUGUUCUUGUUCUAUAAACCUUUUAAUGUGUGUUCUUGAUUUGUAAUGCAUUACUGAAAAUAAAAAAACACACCCCAGAGCGUCAGCUUAGUUGGUUGCCGGGUGUCAGUCAAAACA